AAAACCUGUUCAACACGCUCUUACUUAUCACAUGCCAAGUUAUCAACCAGACACAACGUAGUCAAAACUAAUGGUUACUUGGUUCACAGUACCCCUCCCCAGCCAGGAGUAUAAAUGGGUACUAACGAUUUAGUGAGGCAACUUGACAGAAUGCUGGGAGUAACGUGUGGUGGACUAGCAUCCCAUCCAGCGAGAGUCGUCCUAUCCGCCACUCCUGCUCCUGCAGCUGGUUUAUUGUGACUGGCCUGACACCUAAGAGAGUCCGUGUCGUGUGUUAUCGCCCUGUGCAUAUGUUUGUCAUAUCUUUUGAUCAGUGUAUUACUGCCUUGACGUAUCUGACCUAUCAUGAAGUACAUGGGUGAUUAUCCAUCUAAACGGUUUCGCCAAACAACAGAUCUCACAGACGCCAUAUUUGAACCAGCUCUUCUCCACGAACCUUUGCGAGACGAGGUUUACUGUCAGUUAAUCAAACAAAUCACGGAGAACAGACUUCCCUCAAGUGAGGAGAAAGGCUGGGAGUUGUUGUGGCUUUGUACCGGUAUCUUUGCCUGCAGUUCGUCGCUGAUGAGGGAAGUGAACCAUGUAUUCCGCUCAUGUUCCAGUAAACAGGCACUAGCUCAUGACUGCCUCUCUAGACUGCAGAAAACCAUACGAGUCGGUCAGCGGAAAUACCCACCUCACAUAGUUGAGGUGGAGGCGAUACAGGUGGGCUGUGGUUUUCAUACAUAAGUAAAAAUUGUACAU